UUUAAUGCCCGUGGUGAUUAAAAUAACUGUACGGUUUUAUCACUCGGACGCUGGAAAUGCCACCGUUGUCUGGAGGUUUCGGUGAACAAAUAGAGGAUUACGAAGUAUUAAACUUAUUAGGGAAAGGAGGCUUCGCUAGUGUAUAUCGAGCAAAAUGUCUUCGCAGUGGCAUAGAAGUUGCGAUAAAAAUGAUCGACAAAAAAUUGAUGCAAGCUGCUGGGAUGGUGGGUAGAGUACGACAAGAAGUAGCAAUUCAUUCAAGACUGAAGCACCCAGCAGUGCUAGAAUUGUACACAUUCUUUGAAGAUGCCAAUUAUGUUUAUCUGGUAUUAGAAUUGUGUCACAAUGGAGAGCUUCAGCGUUUUCUUAAAAUACAGGGCUCCCGCGCAUUACCUGAAGAACAGGCUGGUCGUAUAAUUAGACAAGUAGUACAAGGAUUAUUAUAUUUGCAUUCUCAUCAAAUACUUCAUAGAGAUAUGUCCUUAUCUAAUUUACUUCUAACUAGAGACAUGCAAGUGAAAAUAGCAGACUUUGGACUGGCUACCCAAUUGACAAGGCCUGAUGAGAAACAUUUAACUAUGUGUGGUACUCCUAAUUACAUAUCACCAGAGAUAGCAACAAGAUCAUCUCAUGGUUUGGAGGCAGAUGUAUGGAGUUUAGGGUGCAUGCUAUAUACCCUAUUAGUUGGCAAACCUCCAUUUGAUACAGAUGCUGUUAAGAGUACUUUAACACGUGUGGUCAUGGCUGAUUAUGUGAUGCCAGCUCAUUUAUCAGAUAAUGCUAAAGAUCUCAUAGAUAAAUUAUUGAAGAAAAAUCCAAAAGACAGGAUUCGUUUACGUGAUAUUUCGAAACAUCCGUUCAUAGCUACUUUAGAAAGAAAUAAGUUACAUGGUGAGAAGAAUGGUAUGGGUAAAGGGCUAUUAGGGGAUGGUAUGGUUGAUUCAGGGGUUGGAAGAACAUUGUCUUCAUAUGGGCGACCAAGAAUGCGUUCUAGAUCAGAAGAAAGAAUGUCAACAAUGCCUAUAAUGUCUAAUGGUCUUGGACCAAUGUUUAGCACAAGAAGUGAAGCUUUAUCUGAGCCUAUCGCAAAAACAUAUUCACAUAAGACCAAUUGUGUCGAUUACCGUGCAAAACAAAAUUCUAUAUUACUCGGAAUACCACCGCCGCCGCAGAGUAAAAUAUUUUCACAGUGUGAGCAAUAUAAUAGUUGUGAUGCAUAUCAAGAGACUGAAACACACAAGAAUGAUAAAUAUAGAAAGAAAGAAAAAGUCGACAAUUGUUGCGAAGGUACCGAAGAGGGAGGGAAAUUACAAGUUCCACCUUUGUCGUCAGAAAGACUGCAACCUACUAGACAUAGAACGAAAAAUGCAAUUCUUACUAUCCUAGACAAUGGUGAAGUUUGCAUUGAGUUUAUCAAACGUAGAAAUGGCAUGGAAAAAAUAAGUGAAAUAUGUCGAAUAUCUAGCGAUGGCUUAAGAGUUAUUCUAUAUAAACCCACUGCUUCAAUGGAUGUUGGUAAUCAACCGCCCCCGUUACCUGCUCGUGGUGCAGACAGUAUUUAUUCGUAUGAAAAUUUACCUCCGCGCCAUCAUAGAAAAUAUGUAUAUGCUUCUCGUUUUAUAAAACUUGUGAGAGCUAAAACACCGAAACUAACACUGUACACUCAACAAUCUAAAUGCCUUUUUAUGGAGAAUGGACCACAGCCAGAUUGUGAAGUUCACUUUUACAAUGGAGUGAAGGUUGUACGCGUUGAUGGUAUUGUAAAAAUAACUGAAAGAAGUAAUGGCCCUACCUAUAUCGAGAGUGAAUUUCCACCACAUUUCGACGAUUAUUAUGAGCAUUAUUCAGAGUGUUAUCAGCGUUGUUUGUUGUUAGAGUCUACUUUAACAUCUUUGGAAGCAGCUACUGGACAUUCUUGCUUUCCUGUCAUUAUUGGACGUAGGCCAAGUACGGCCUUGAGUGAUACCCCUUGUUUACAAGGAAAAGAAAAUGUUUCGCAGACAACAAACCAUACACCCGUGAUGCCGUCUUUUGAUGCCAGUUCCGUCAUUUCGACAGUUGCAUCACGUUCACGGAAAAUGAAUUCUAUGCGAAAUAUGAAUAAUAAUAAUUCAUAUAAGAUAGGAGUUCCAGGUGUAGGUACUGCGACACAAUUAUCAACUGGGGAUAUUCGUGUCGAUUACAAAGAUGGUUCUAGUUUAACUGUGAGUCCUCAAUGUUAUGGUGGUGGUAUAAUGUAUGAGAGUAAUAAUGGUACUGUUAUGAAAUAUAAUCAGCAUUACCAACAAAACUCGGAAGUACCUCACGUCGUUAAAGAAAAAUUACGCUACCUGCCAACAGUUAUUAAAUACCUUGUUCAACCGAAGCACAAGAACAUCCGGUAG